AUGAGGAGGCUACCUGGGCCCUUGUCGGCGACGAAACCCUUCACAGCGCGGCCGCCGAGGGUGCCUCGAACUUCUCCAAGCCCUCGAACCGCACCAUGGCCGCACCCGACUCUCGUUGAACCUUCGCUCCGUCCUCUGUCGACCUCGACGCCGCCUGCGAACGAUGCCCAUCACCAGAAUCAACCACCGCAACCCUUCCGCUUCGAGACCGGUGUGUCGCUCUUCGCGAAGAGAGCUCCGAGGCCCUUUCCGCCGCCCUUCCUGUCUCCUCCGUCCGGCUCCUUCUCCGACCCCCUCAGCACCCACCACCGAAGCCGUGAUCGGCGCGCGAGAGUCGACGGACAGAUCAUCCUUGGACAGACAAACGGGGACGAUGCCGUCUUCGCGAGCGACAACUUCAUAUGUGCGAACGAUGGCGUAGGCGCUUGGUCGACCCGCCCGAGGGGUCACGCAGGGCUGUGGUCGCGCUUGAUUCUUCACUACUGGGCAACCGCCGUACAGCAAGAUGCUGCAAAUCACGGUUCCGAAGGAGGAGCUUUCACCCCUAACCCGGUGGCAUAUCUCCAGACGGCAUACGAGCAGACGCUAAGAGCGACAUCGGACCCGAAUGACUGGCAAGGAACAACAACUGCGAGCGGGGCGCUCUUGCAUUAUAAGACACUGGAUGGCAGCAAGCAAGUCCCCCAGGUGUAUGUGACCAACCUGGGUGACUGUCAAGUUAUGAUUUUGCGGCCGCGGCAUGAGAAGGUUAUCUACAAGACAAAGGAGCAGUGGCAUUGGUUCGACUGCCCUCGGCAACUUGGGACGAACAGCCCUGAUACACCAGAGAAGAAUGCCGUCAUGGAUGUGGUGGAGAUCCAAGAGGGCGACGUGGUUCUUGCCAUGUCUGACGGUGUCAUCGACAACCUCUGGGAGCACGAAAUCAUCGACAGCAUUCAGAACAGCAUACAACGCUGGGAAAAUGGAGAGGCCGGAGCGGACAGAGUGGAGGGCGACCGCACAGGCGGCGCGAACGGAGGCAUGAAGCUUGCUGCUGAAGAGCUGGUGGCUGCUGCAAAGAAGAUUGCGACCGACCCAUUCGCCGAAAGCCCCUUCAUGGAGCACGCGAUCGAGGAGGGCCUGCCAACCGAAGGAGGCAAACUAGACGACAUCAGCGUCGUCGCCGCGCUGGACGUCCGUCGGUCGGUCUUCAGUCAACUUACCCAAUUACGACAAGGCAUCAACGACGACAAAAUGCGCGGAAAACGUAGCAAGCAGUAUCGCAAGCUUAUGAACCAGUAUGCGCUAACCUGGGGAUUCCGUGAGCCUUACCAAUGUCUCGUUGACGCUGAGAUGGUGGUCGACUGCCACAACUUCAAGUACGAUCUGCUCGCUGGACUCGAACGGACGCUGCAUGGCAAAGUCAAGCCAAUGAUUACGCAAUGCGAGAUCCGCAAGCUGUACCUUCGCAAGAGCGAGCCCGAGAUGAACAAGAUUAUCGAUUUCGCGAAGACCCUCGAGCGCAGACGAUGCGGUCACCUUCCGGAAGAUUAUCCCGAACCGCUCGGCACGAUGGAGUGUCUUAAGGCUGUCGUCGACCCAAAGGACAACCUCGUCAACAAGCAUCGCUACUGCGUCGCCAGCCAAUCGGUGGAUGUCCGCCGCAUGCUCCGCGAGAUUCCCGGCGUCCCUCAGAUCUACAUCAAGCGCUCAGUCAUGAUCCUUGAGCCCAUGGCGACGGAGAGCCAGGAAAUCAGGACCAAAGAGGAGAGGAGCAAGUUCCGCGACGGACUGGUCAGGCCCGAGAAAAAGAGAAAGCGCGAACAAGACGACAACGACGCCGAGAGUGAGAAUGAAGGCCAGGAAGAUGAUGUCGCGUCGGCUGAUGGGAAGGCGGAGAAGAAGAAGGCCAAGAAGAGGGGACCCAAGGGACCCAACCCGUUGGCUGUCAAAAAGUCGAAGAAGGCCCAGGAGGAGGGCGAGAAAAAGCCAAAGGGCGACGUCAAGUCCGCGGCAGCAGGAGAAGAAGUUAAGGGAGACGGGCCUUCGAAGAAGAAGCGCAAGAGGAGGCACAAGGCCGGUGCUGGGGCGGGUGAGCCGGCGCCUCAAGGUGAAGGAUCGGCAGAGCAAGCUGUUGGAAGCCCUGAGUCGAGCUGUUGGACGAAAUAUCCUUUCAUCACGGCGGGCUCAGGCGAGUCUGCCACCACUAAUAACCCCUCACCGACGAUCGCCACCACCACCACCGCUGCUGCCGACAUGGAGGAGUCAGCCCAGAAACCAAAUGGCUCUCCUGCAUCAGAUGUAACCGCACAAAAACCAACUGCCGCUGCAACAACAAUGGCCGACAAGCCUGAAUUCGAUGAUUUUGGUCUGCCCAUCAGACGAUAUGUACCUCCACCCCCCGAAGACGACGAUGAGACGACCGAUGCUCAGUCCGAACCGAAACACCCUCAUCCCGAGCCUUCAAAGAUCGAAAAGGAGCUAGACGCCAACGAUGCCCACCCUGACACGAAAGUCAACGGCGACAAGAAACCAAACGGCAAUGGUGCAGAAUCAGACAGCGAGGACGACUUCAGAGACGCGCAAUCCGAGCAGCCGGCCACUGCCGCUGCGUCUGGCAACAACUCGAACACUCCGUCGACCCCGGUAACCUCGAACCUGGACAAGGACGAAAUCAAAGACAAAAUUGCUGCAGAUGCAGACAGAGAAGAUGUUGAAGAAAGCGUUGCGACAAUCAACGGCGAUAAAAGCACGGAAGAGAAGGUGGAGCAAAAGGAGAAUGGCACUGUAACUACGCCCAGCGAAGCAAAAUCAUCAAGUCCAACACAGCCGGCCGCUGAUGAGGCAACUGCCCCGGCCGCCGUUGCCAAUGCCGAAAUCAAAGGCAACGGUGUGCCGACGAACGGUGUCGCCGAUGCCACGAAGGAGGAUGAAAAGGAAACGCAGGCGACAUCGGAGACCAAGGCAAAGGACGAGCGGCCUGAUUCACCGGUGAAGCUCGUCGACAAGGCAGACCAGCCCCAACCAAAGGCAGCAGAGAAAGCUGCGGCAGGAGGCACCCACACCAGAGAUACGAGCACCGCUAGCAACGUGGUCAUGUCUGAAUUCUCUCAUCAGCAGUUGACGGCAGACAAAGAGGAAGAGAAAAACGAUGACGAUGGCGAAUGGCAGGAGAUGCCGGCAUUUGCACCCUACGAUAUUUACGACGAAGACAAUAGGCUUGUUGCCAAGGAGUACACGGAAGACGUGGACAACGAGAAAUACGGCUACGGCGGGCUCGGAGGAGCUGGCAAGGGAUAUACUCGAGUAAUUAUGGACGACGAUGCGGAAUCGGCAACGAGCAUGGACGACAACACGCAGUAUCUUUUCAAAGACGUGAAGAGCACGGCAAUGACAGAGGACGACGAGGAAGCGCGAGACGCCGUUUCUCAGAUGCAGGCGACCAAGGACCUCUUGACCGAAGGGCAGAGGAUAGCAUAUGUCGGACUAACCAGACUGGAAAUUCAUCACAUGGUCAAGGAAGCCGAGAGCAUCGAGCACACCAGGGGGACGAAGAAGGAAGUCAACAUGUCAGCUGAAGCAACCAAGAUGUGGGGACAGAAGAUGAUGAUCCGUCUCUAUACCCACAUGGACAUCAGCUCCCAGGAGCAAAUUAUGGUCGAGCAGCUAAGCGACCACGGUGUCGUCCCCUCUGACUUGACGCCAUUGCUGAUGGCCAACGCCAGGGUGAAGAACCCGAUGGCGGAAGAGUCACGCUCUUCGCUGUCCGUGUCAUCACCACGCACAGCGUCCCCGCGGACGCCACUACCACCCAGCUCGCCGGCCCUGCCCGAGGACGAGAAGCCUGCUGAGGCGCCUCCGCCGUAUGAGACCUAUGAGGGAGAAGAGCUCCCCGCUGUGAAAACUCCGGCGCAGCUGUCAACAUCAGCCAACAUCGACAUCGAUCUUCGCUGGACGGUGUUGUGUGACUUGUUCCUUCUUUUGAUUGCAGAUUCGGUUUACGACUGUCGUUCCAGAAUCCUCUUGGAGCGUGUUGGACAAAGUCUCCAGAUUGAUUGGUUGGAUGUUAGGAAGUUCGAGAAGAAAGUGACGGACGCUUUGGAAAUGCAGCAGGCAGCCGAGAAGGAAAAUUGGAACGAGGACGAGCACAUGGAGCACAGGAGAAAACAGGCUCUCAAGAAACGAUAUGUCAUGAUGGGCUUGGCCACAGUCGGAGGCGGCUUGGUCAUCGGUCUGUCCGCAGGUCUGCUUGCUCCCGUCAUCGGAGCCGGUCUAGCAGCCGGUUUCACGACAUUGGGGGUGACGGGAACUGGCACUUUCCUCGGCGGCGUCGGUGGCGCUGCUAUCAUCACGUCCAGUGCGGCCGCUUCAGGAAGUGUCAUUGGAGGCCGAGCAGCGAAUCGGAGAACUGGCGCGGUCAAGACUUUUGAGUACCGGCCGUUGCACAACAACAAGCGUGUCAACCUGAUUGUCACUGUGGCGGGAUGGAUGACGGGCAAGGUCGAUGACGUUCGCCUGCCCUUCAGCACUGUUGACCCCAUCAUGGGCGACAUUUACUCCGUCUUCUGGGAACCGGAGAUGUUGAGAAGUAUGGGUGACACCAUCAACAUUCUUGCCACAGAGGCUCUCACCCAAGGUCUUCAGCAAGUUCUGGCCAGCACUAUUCUCACGAGUCUGAUGGCUGCCUUGUCUUUGCCAGUCGUCUUGACCAAGCUUUCCUAUCUGAUUGACAAUCCGUGGAGUGUCUCUCAGGACAGAGCUUGGGCCGCCGGCCUGAUUCUUGCAGACUCACUGAUUGACAGAAACCUGGGAACCCGCCCGAUUACGCUUGUCGGGUACUCACUUGGCGCACGUGUGAUUUUCUCCUGCCUCUUGGAGUUGGCCAGAAAGGGCGCGUACGGCCUCGUUCAGAAUGUCUACCUCUUUGGUUCGCCUCUGAUUAUCAAGAAGGACGAAUGGCUGCGAGCGCGAACGGUCGUACCAGGCAGAUUUGUGAAUGGAUACAGCACCAACGACUGGAUCCUUGCGUACUUGUUCAGACUGACCAGCGGCGGCCCUAGAAAGGUUGCCGGCCUGGCUAAGAUUGAGGAAGUUCCGUUUAUCGAAAACUUUGACGUCACGGAAAUCGUCAAGGGCCACAUGGAGUACCGACAGGCUAUGCCUCGUCUCCUUCGAGAGUGCGGUUGGCUGGUGGAGAGCGACGAGUUUACCGAAAUCGAGGACCCGGACCCGGAGAACCACCAGGAACGUCAACGUGAGCUUAUUAAUGAGAUCGAAGAAGCGCGCAAGGAACUUGAGAAGGAGGGCCAAAAGAAGAAGAGCAGAUUCUCGCUAUUCGGACGAGGAAAGAAGGCCGACAAGGAAAAGUGGGAGAUUUACGAGGACAUGGCGAAGGAGGGUAAGCAAACACCCUCGAGAACAGAAGAUAAGGAGGGCAACAACCACGGUGUGCUCUUUGACAUCGACGCAAUCCGAGCCGAGGUGGCCAAGGAGAAGAACAAGCCGGCCGAAGACCCAGAAGAAUUUCAAGUGAAGGAGCUCAAGUCGACUCUACCACCGAUGAAGCUGGACCUUAACUCUUCAAAUUCGUCCCUGAACCCACGAGACAGUUUGCGGGAGACGAAGAGCGCAUAUGCCGUGCCAGGCCGAGCGUCGUACGAAACUUCCGGCUCCUAUGGCUAUACGCCAGAGCGGACGCCGACCUUCCACUCGAGUCAAACCUUCCCAGCAAUGCAGCGCGCCCCGUCCCCAUACCACGCGGCUCUCUCGCCACAAGAGGAUAUCCAGAUGACAUUUGACGACUCGUUCCAUGAUCCUCCGCCAGCGCCACGACCUCCACCGAAAGAUGACCCUCCGCCAACUCGGCCAGAGAUGAAGACUACACAGUCGGUGCCGACCAUCGCCAGCAACCCGUGGGCCGACAUUGAUGAUGAUGAUGAUUUUGGCAAGGAGAAGGACAUUUCCAUGACUUUUGCAUAG